CGAAUAGACCGGAUCCGUACCGGUACUUUCGCGAUCGCUGGAGUGAGCGUGCUUGUCUAUCUACGACGUAAUGAGAGAGAGAAGGGUACAGAAUUGUAAGUAGUUUUGAUCAGGAUUCAGGAAGAGAGAAUUGCUUCUCGAUUCGUUUCUGGGAAUUGAUUCUUCAGGAGCGACCAUGGCUUUGACUGCUUUGAAUGAUCUCUAUUACGUCCUCGCGACAAAACCCGAGCAGGAGAAGAUCACUCCCGAAGAGUCUAGUGUCAUUGUCUCGUGCCAUCUCAAACUUUUGUGGACUGCUGGUUUUGCGUCUGGUGUAGGAGCAGGCUUAGGCUGGCAAGUGGCGAAACGGUUGAAAAUGAUGAGGCUUUCUAUUACAGGUGGAGCGGCUAUGGCGGCUUUUGCUUUUGCUUGGGAUCGGGCAAGCUCUACAACUGCAGUUUCAUGCCUUGACCAUAUCCUUAGGCAAGAUGCAACUCGAAUGCAGAAAGAGCUUGUGAAUGUCUUAAUCAGGUCCAAUAGAGGUGAAGAUUGGAGAUGGCAGCUUAUGUGCAAGCAUUUCUACCCUGAAGCUAUUUACAGUGAUCAAGGAGACAAACCUCGAUUGCACUGGCGUAGACGAAGCACUUUCACAGAAAUUGCCUCUUCUUAUGAUGAUGAUGUAAAUGAAGCCAAACCUCAGAGAACCUACAAUGGCUUACCAAACCCUCGCAGUCGAAGCACUUCACAUGGAUCUGAUGCUUCAAAGACCGAACCAGUGCUCCAGAACAGCUCUGGAAAUUCGGGUGGCGAAAUGGUGGAAGAAGAAGAUGCUCUUGACUUUGUAUUUGGUGAUUCAGAACCAACGGAGAGCUCGUCAACUGGUGCGAAGGCUGCAUCACUUAAUCUGAAGGCUUCAGGCAAAACGCAAACUCGCAAACAGAAAAGAGCUCUUCGAAGACAAAGAAGGCUUAAAAACCGUGAAGCUUCCACUAAUAAUACUCCUCAGUACGAACUUGCAUAGGCAAGACGAAAGAAUAAUGCAUGUUUACUCGAUGAUUAUCACGAUGAGUUUUUCUGGGUUUCUGUAAGCUGCUCCAAGAUUCAAUUCCAAAUUGUCAUUUUGAAUCCCAUUUUAUGAAUGAUUAUUUAGUAAGAAUAUGGUUACUGAAGCUUUUAAGAUCUUCAUGGUACCUUUCUAUGAACUGUAAGCAAGGUGAUUGUGAAUAAUGGUCAGGCAAAACUCUGAUACACGAAGAAGAAUUCAAAAGAACUUA